AUGUCAACCACCACCAACGACGAGAAGAGCGCCGUCCCCGCGCAUGAUGUCCAUACUCCAGAACACUCACUGAGCGACAGCACCACGCUGCAACUUCCGAACUCAUGGAAGUACAAGCGCUUCAGCGUCUUCGGCUACAAGUUGCCCUGGAUGGCUUCGCCUCCCGUCCAGCUUGUGAUCGUCUCUCUCGUGUGCUUCAUGUGCCCGGGUAUGUUUAAUGCUCUCAAUGGCAUGGGAGGAGGUGGUCAGCUUGACCCGACCGCGAACAACCAGGCAAACACCGCCCUGUACUCCACGUUCGCUGUCGUCGGUUUCUUCGCGGGAACCUUCACCAACAAGUUGGGAAUCCGCACUGCGCUCUCCUUCGGUGGCAUUGGCUACUCCGUAUACGUCGCAUCCUACCUGAGCUACAACCACACCCAGAAUCUGGGCUUCACCACCUUUGCAGGCGCACUUCUCGGUGUGUGUGCUGGUCUGCUCUGGUGUGCUCAAGGCGCCAUUAUGAUGUCCUACCCUCCCGAGGAGUCUAAGGGCCGUUACAUUUCCUGGUUCUGGAUGAUCUUCAAUCUGGGUGCUGUGAUUGGCAGUCUGAUUCCUCUGGGUCAGAACAUGCACACCACUACGGCAUCCUCAGUUAACGAUGGCACCUACGUUGGGUUCCUUAUCCUCACCAUCAUUGGCGCUGCGCUCUCAUGGACACUUGUCGAUGCACGGGACGUUAUCCGUGCUGAUGGCUCUAAGGUUAUUGUCAUGAAGCACCCUUCAUGGAAGUCUGAGAUCAUUGGUCUCGGCGAGACUUUCGUGACUGACCCAUACAUCAUCGCCCUGUUCCCAAUGUUCCUGGCAUCUAACUGGUUCUACGCCUACCACUUCACCGAGGUCAACGGCGCGUACUUCAACACACGGACUCGAGCACUGAACGGUGUAGUCUACUACAUCAUGCAAAUUGUUGGCGCAUACGUCUUCGGUUUUGCCCUCGACUUCAAGGGAGUCCGCCGUACGACGCGUGCCAAGGCUGCCUGGGCCGCUCUCUUUACUACCAUCAUGCUCGUCUGGGGUUUCGGCUACAUGUUUCAGACAACCUACGAUCGAGCCUGGGCUGCUGACCCGACCAACCCCAAGAAGGACUGGUCGGACUCUGGUUACGCAGGUCCCUUUGUUCUUUACAUGUUUUAUGGUUUCUCCGAUGCCGCAUGGCAGACCUGCGUCUACUGGUUCAUGGGUGCUCUGACCAACAACGGCCGUAAACUUGCGAACUUCGCUGGUUUUUACAAAGGUAUUCAAUCUGCUGGUGGCGCUAUCACGUGGGCCCUGGACAACAACGGCAUCGAAUACAUGGACAUGUUCGCUACCAACUGGGGUCUCCUUGGUGGUAGCUUGCUUAUUGCCCUUCCUGUCAUCCUCUUGAAGGUCAAAGACACGGUGCCGAUCGAGGAGGACAUCGCCUUCACCGACGAGACUGUCGCUGAAGUUGCCCCAAAGGCUCGCCUCUCCUCCGCGAACGAUGAUGUUGAGAAAGUCUAGUCUUCUUUGACCGCAAGUUCCACGAAUCAUGAGAGUAUCUUAUUGUAGUCUUGGAUAGGGAUGACUGUGUUGACAAUUUCCUAACAUGUUGGAUACCAUAUUUGGCCCGAAUCUUUCCUGUAUAUCACUUCGCAGAGUAAUGUUGCCUGUGUCUCAGACACUCGAUUACCGAGCUGUUUGACAGGUCUCUGUGCGAUACCCCGGGUCCUUCAUUCUCACAUGCAUCGAGCGGCAGCAAUAGUAGCGAGUCCAGCAAAUCGAUUCUCUAAUCAAUCCAUAUCUGUGAACCAUCC